UCAUCCAUCCAGAAAAAACAACGAGAUGUAAAAUGUUCAUUACGAUGCAGCUUGAGAGAUUAAAGCCACGGACAUUUUUAGGAGUACAGGAAACAUUCUUUUCCUAACGAGCCAUAUUUCCUAGUGAAAUUGCAGUAUUCAUCGCGGAAGAAAUGCUAAUCAAUUUCCCGUUUCUUUCACUUGCCGUGAUGUAUUCUGGGAAAAUCCUUGGGAAUCCUUGUUCCCAAUCCUCGCGCGGGGACAUGUCUCAUGUCGGUUCGAAACUCCCAAAACGAAAAUAAAUCGAAAAUGGUUUUACCUUUGACUCGCUUUCUGCUAUGAAAAUAACAUUUUCAGACAGCGGAGCAGAUACAUCUAGAUUCUACAUUACUGUAUAUCGCUUAAAGUCACCAGGCAAGGCGAAAAGAGUGAGAAAUUACAAGUCAAAGUACCGCUUGUUUGAUGUUUAUAGAGUUUGGAAUAUUCAAAACUAGUGAAUGUUUGUGAUAUUUUACCAAACAAGUGGUCGAGAUGUCAAGACACGAAGGUGUAAGCUGUGACUCUUGCAGCAAGAAUAAUUUCCAUGGGAAGAGAUUCAAAUGUUUAAUAUGUUAUGACUAUGAUCUCUGCGCUCAGUGUUAUGACAGUGGUGCAUCAACCACAAGACAUACCAAGGACCAUCCAAUGCAAUGUAUCUUAACAAGAACCGAUUUUGAGCUUUAUUAUGGUGGUGAAGCAUUAACUGUGGAUCAACCUCAAUCAUUUUGUUGUCCAUUUUGUGGCAAGCUUGGAUUAACUGAGAGUGGUUUACCAGAACAUGUUACAGCAGAACACCCAGAUUCCACUUCUGAAGUUGUUUGUCCUGUGUGUGCUGCUUUGCCGCGUGGUGACCCGAAUCAUGUAACUGAUGAUUUCAUUGCUCAUUUGACAAUGGAACAUAAAUCACAAUCAAUAAGAGAUUUCGAUGAACCAACAGGGAGUCGAGUCAGACGUAUUCUUCAUGGCGGCAGGAGCCUGGGGCAAGCUCGUGCUAGGAGAGCAACCAAUCAGAGUUUAGGAAACUCGACAUCAACAACGCCGCAACUCGUUUCUAACCCUGCAAAUGUUCGUGAUACAAUCGAUCCAAUUGCUGAGUUAUUGUCGCAGCUCUCCGGCGUACGACGAAGUGCGCAACAAUCCCAGCAGUCUGUGCAAUCCCAACUACAACUCUUGCAACAACAAUUACAAUUUGAAAGACAACAAGUGCAACAGACUAGAGAAAGAUUAGAAAGAUUGCCAAGACGACCAAUGAAUUCAGCAGUCGGCUCAGCAGCGCAAGCUUCACAGCCACCUCGAAAUGAGAAUACUAAUUCUUCAAAUUCUGCUUUUCUAUUAACAAGAUGUUACGACAGUGAACUAAAGGCGAACGAAAUGUCUGAAGUGGAGGAACAACGAGCAACCAGGAGUCUUUUUGUUCAAGAUCUCUUGGUGUCAACCCUCGAGUCUGUAACGUCAGCACGGCCAGAUGAACUGUUACCCAUUGAGGACCAGACCUUACUAAGUACUGCUUCUGAUACACCAGGAGGAGAUGAAGUGAAAAAUGAACGACUUUCAGAUGAUUUAGAGUUGAUAAGUCUAGACGAUGCGGAAGAGAAAGAGUUAUAACCAUUUCCUUACAAGGAAAAUAGAAUUUGUAGGUCAAAUAGGAAAUGUUUUAUCGUUUUCCAAUACCAAUGUUUGAAAUGCAAGGUAUAAUCUUAUCAAGAAAUCUUUAAGGUUUCAUGAUCCAAAGAUUUUACUAGGAAUACCCUUGGCAAUAAUGUGAAGUGGUGCCUGGUUAAUAAAUGAAAUUAGUUUGGUAUCAUAAUGACCCAAAUCUAAUUCUAUCAACAUUGAGAUGCGUACAGAAGUUGAGAACACGGGACAAUCGCUCAAGGGAGGAUAGAGCGUGUAAAUGACUUGCUUUGAACUAUCUAACUAGUGUGCGGGAGUAUCUUUUUUAAUUUUUUGUCGUGAUUGUCGGUUGCGUCUCUGUCUGAGUCUGGUUCACUGUAAGAAACCUUAUCCCCAGGACUUUCUGGCGAAGCAGCGUGCGCUUAGCAGGUAGCCCUGGUUACGAGCUCUAUCACGACAUUAUUUGAUUUAUUACACUUGCGAUAUUUUUACAAAUGAUAGUCGGCGCUACAAGAGUAAAUAUUGUAGGAAAAUUGAACAAAAUGUCAUAAAACAGUUGUUGUGAUUUGUAACACAAAUGUUUGAGAAUCUUGUAUGCAUUUCUGAUUUUAAUUUCAUUUUCUCCAAGUUUUAGUACUUAAUUAUCAUUCUGUUUUAUUUCAUUCUAUGCAUUGUCUCGCAGAUUUUAUUAAUGCGUAAAAUUCGUCAUUCUAAUACUUUAGCAAUCGCCACAAAAAAUGUACAGAACCAU